UCUGGAACUGAGCCAUAGUCAGCGCAAGACAGUGAGCGGGGAAGGAGAGAGAAAGGGGAUGGAUUUUUCCUCGGCGUUGCCAGAAGGCAUCGUGUCGGACAUUCUCUCUCUGACAUCUCCUCGGGACGCGUGCCGGUCGUCGGCGAUCUCCAAGGGGUUCAAGUCCGUCGCCGAUUCCGACGCCGUGUGGGACAGAUUCCUGCCGUCCGAUCACGCGGCGAUCUUAUCGAGGUCGGUAUCCCCCGUGCCUUCCUCCACCAAGAAGCAACUAUACUCUCGCCUGGCCGACUGUCCUAUUCUCCUCGACGGCGGCAAAUUGAGCUUCGCUUUAGAUAAAGCUAGUGCCAAAAAGUGUUUUGUGCUAGGAGCCCGGGAGCUUGCAAUCAUACAGGGAAGUUCUCCAGAAAAUUGGGAAUGGGUGUCUUUACCGCAAUCAAGAUUCUCGGAGGUGGCCCAUCUUUUGCAAGUGUGUUGGUUUUGUAUUGAAGGCAAAAUAGAGGCUCAAUUGUUGUCGCCAAAAACCACUUAUGUAGUGUACCUUGUGUUUCAAAUGAGGAGAAGUAACAAUGGGUUUGAUUAUCUACCACUAGACUCGUUUGUAAGUUUUGCUGGGGAAAGAGGAGAUAGAGAUGAAGAUGCGAUCAUCCACGAGACAAAGAUGAACAUUGUUUAUUUGAAACGGGGCCUAUCUAGUCCUCAGAUAGGAGCAUCAACGAGACGACUUCCGCAAAAAAGACUGGACAAGUGGAUGGAGGUUGAAUUGGGAGAGUUUUUCAUUGGUAAAGGAGAUAGUGGUAAAGUAGUGAUGGGGUUGAUGGCGGUCGAACGAGGUAGACGGACAAGUGGUAUCAUUAUUGAAGGCAUUGAGGUUCGGCCUAAAUCCAAUUCCUGAAGAAAAGUUUAUGUUUGUUUGUGGCGACUGCAUUGUUCAUAUAUGUACCAAGGUAGGUAUUUCUUCUUGUGGGUGUGUGUGCUUUUUAUCAUUCUCGUGGGUGUGCUUGUAAAACCUCCUCUCUCUUUUUUGGAGAAGAUGUAAAACUUUUUGGUGAUACCUUCGUGUUGAAACAUCGAUGUGAUAAUUGAUAGCAAUUUACUAUGUUAA